AAUGGAAGAAGUCGAAGAACAAGAGAAAUUACUUUUCAAUGCCUGCAGUUGGAUUCACCAAAGUCAGGUUGUAUUUAUAGGAGCUGGUGCAGGUAUAAGUGCGGAUAGUGGACUAGACCUUUUCAGAACUCCCAAAGAUUUUUGGAAUUUUUAUCCACAGUUAAAACCUUGGAAUUAUUAUGUGCCAGAAAUGAGUAACUAUAAUUUAUUUACGAAGAAUCCUUCGCUGUGCUGGGGAUAUUAUGCACAUCGAUAUACAAUGUAUAGUUCAACUGAGCCUCACAGUGGUUUCAAUUAUUUAAGAGAAAUUUGUCUUUUAAAAAAUAAUAACUUUUUCAUUUAUACAACAAAUAUAGAUGGUCAUUUUUUUAAAGCAGGAUUUGAUGAAAACAAAAUAUAUGAACCGAACGGUAACAUUGGCUUCUUGCAAUAUCUGAAUAAAAAAGACGGAGAUGAUGUCUGGCCUUUUGAUCAUUUAAAUAUUCCGAAGUACGAGUUAUCUACUCUACUUGCUUGUGAGCCAUAUCCCGUUGGAUUAAAUAUGAUGCCAGCACGUCCAAAUAUUGUUCUUUAUGAGGAAAACAACUUUUCGUUGAAGAGAGUCUCUCAACAAAAAAAUAAAUUUGAAGAAUACAUUGAUUUGGUAAAACAGGAUGAUAAAAUAACUAUAUUGGAAAUUGGAGCGUCAGGAUCUUUAAAUGGUCAUACGAAACCUGUAAGAUUAAUCACAGAGCAAUUGGUAAAAACGUUUAAGAAUCGAGUUAAAAUUGUCCGAAUAAACUUGGACGAGUAUGAGGUUCCAAACGGUCACUUUGGUAUUUCAAUGAAUGCUCAAGAGGCUUUAAAAGAAAUAUAUUACACCUUAAUAAGAUAUCAAAUGAACAAUUAA